AUGCCUUCUAAUGUAUCCAGUUCGCAGACUGUGCGAUUGUUUUUGGAGAGUAUUGACAAGGAUAAAUCUGGUUCGAUCAGUGCUGAAGAGCUCAUCACCGCUUUGGAAAAUGCUAAUAUCAAGGUGAAACAUGUUGAGCGCUUCAUUGCCCAAUAUGAUAAAAAUAACGAUGGCCAAUUGGAUUUUGAUGAGUUGAUGGAAUUCUUUGCAACCAUUGGCUUAUAA